CUAAACGCAUGCGCUUAGUCGGGAAAUUAAAAACAUGGCUAGAUGACAACUAAUUAGUUCUGGAAUUUUCCCAGAAACACCUGAUAUUGUGAAUCAAAGAAGAAGGAACAACACCUGGAUAGAUUGAAAACAUAGGAAGGAAAAGAUGGUCAGUAUUCCUGAAGAUGUAUUAUGGAUGGUCAUUGUCGGCUUUAUUAUAGCCUUUAUCCUUAGUUUUGCUAUCGGUGCUAAUGAUGUAGCAAACUCAUUUGGUACUUCUGUAGGAUCCAAAGUUCUUACCUUACGACAAGCCUGUAUUCUAGGUACAAUAUUUGAGAUAUUGGGUGCUGUUUUAAUAGGUUAUCGGGUGUCUGAUACAAUAAGAAAGGGCAUUAUAGAUGUUUCUUUGUACAAAAAUGGAAGUGAAGAUGUUCUUAUGGCUGGGAAUGUGGCUGCACUGACAGGCUCCUGUGUUUGGCUUGUUGUUGCAACAGUCCUGUCACUUCCUGUCUCUACAACACACAGUAUUGUGGGAGCUACAGUUGGAUUUUCUCUAGUUGUACAUGGCACCAAAGGAGUCAAUUGGAUAAAGAUGGCAUCUAUAUUUGGAUCAUGGUUUAUCUCCCCUUUAUUAUCUGGAAUUGUGUCAGUGCUAACAUUUCUUUUAGUUCAUCACUUGGUCUUGAAAAAGCCCAAGCCAUUAGAACCAGGCCUAAAAUUACUGCCGAUAUUCUAUGCCUUUACAGCUGCCAUCAAUUUAUUUUCUGUGUUCUAUAAAGGUUCUCAUUUGUUGCAUUUUGACAAGAUUCCUUUAUAUGGAGUGAUCAUUUUAACAUUUGGAUCAGCAUUAUUAGUAGCUCUGCUAGUUAAAUUUGUUGUAACGCCUUGGUACAGAAAAAGAAUUAUAGCUGAAGUAGCAAAAGCUAAAGACAAAGAAUCAUUAAGUUCUAUUUCUGUCGAAAAUGAAUUUGGGAAGAGUCGUGAUGCUCUUGUACUAAGCUCUGCUCAUAUGGCACAUAACAGUGUUAAAGAAUAUGAUGUUGAUCAAAGUGGAACCAAAUAUCCACUGAAAGAAGAUAAAGAAACUGAUGUUUUAUAUACUGAAGUAGAGGAGACAGGAACUCCAAUAGCAAGCACUCCAUUGAAGGGUUGUACAGAUGGUAUUGAAGACAAAACACCAGAAAAAGAAAUAACUACCUCAUUUUCAACUCCAACAGCCAAUGAUAAUUCAGAUUUACCUCUACUGGAAAAAUAUGAUGAUAGCAAAGUUUUUACCAAAAAUAAUGAUGACAGUAAGAACAGUUCAUCAUCCUCGUCAGCAUCCUCAUCAACAGAAGAUGAAGAGACGAAGCGUAUGAUUGCAAGAGAAAAUCUAAAAGAUAAGCCAGAAAGUGUCGCCUUGUUCAGUUUUCUACAGAUUCUCACCGCUGUGUUUGGAUCAUUUGCUCACGGUGGUAAUGAUGUUAGUAACUCCAUUGGUCCUUUGGUUGCCGUCUGGCUGAUUGGAACUGAAGGAAGUGCAUUACAGAAGGCCCAAACUCCAAUCUGGAUCCUAUUUUAUGGAGGAUUUGGUAUUGCCAUUGGAUUGUGGAUAUACGGCAGAAGAGUUAUCAAGACAAUGGGAACAGAUCUUGCCAAAAUUACACCUUCAUCUGGAUUCUGUAUUGAGAUUGGUUCAGCCCUAACAGUACUUAUAGCUUCAAACAUUGGCAUUCCUAUCAGUUCAACUCAUUGUAAAGUAGGAUCGGUUGUAGCUGUAGGCAGGGUUCGGUCCAGAGAAAAUGUGGACUGGAAAUUAUUCCGAAAUAUAGCCUUGGCAUGGAUUGUGACUGUUCCUGUUUCUGGCGGUAUAAGUGCAUUGACAAUGUUUAUUUUCACGUUAGUCAUAUAAGAUCUGUAAUGACUGAAAGAUGGAGAGGAAAACUGUUGAUAAAGUGUGCAUCAAAAACCACAUUUCUUUAUAUAUCAUUGAUAGAAAACUUGAUUUUACAUUUUUACUAAUUUUCCAUCAAAGAUGAAGGAAUGUUUUGGUGAAGUCUUUCAUCAUAAAUUCUGUAAGCAUAAUAUUUGCUGGGAGUGCUAGGAGUAAAUGUAAAAUUGCAGUGUGUUGUGAAGAAUAGUUGCUAACUUUACUUUGAGGAAUGAACAUUUCAGUGCAUGCAAUUUAAAUAGUGCUACCAACCUUAUUUUGAGGGACGAAAUUUUCAGUGCAUUCUAGUUUCAAUAGUGCUAUAAAAUUUAACUUUGUAAAGUUUUAUGAAUGAGAAUGCAUAUGCAAUUGCUAUUCUAUAAAUUUCUUGCAAUAAUUUCAGAUUAAGAACCAAAUUAUGUAUCAAGUUGAAUACACACAUAUUUCUUUUGGCCUUAUGCAAUGGCCUUGCAAUAAUGGUGAUAGUGACAUUUUCAUUUCUUUUGUGUUUGAGAAAAUUUAAUUUUGUUUAUUUAUAUCCUGGUCUUCCUGAAUAGAACAUAAUUAGUUUAAAAAUAGUAGGAAUCAGUAAGGGAUAUUCCAGAAUUAAUUUGGGUGAAGGGGGGUUGGAGGUUUGUUAGAAGUUUUCACCUAAUAAUGAAUAAUAGGGGGGGGGGGAGAAAUGCCUUCCAACCCCUAACCUCUUACAUUUAAUUUUGAAUAGCACUUGGCUAAUCAUGCAAUUUGACAUUUAGUCACUUGACAAGGGAUAUGAUCCGAUAUCUCCUUUGAAAAAAAAUUAAAAAAUCUGAAAGGUAAUUAACUGAUUAAUGUUGAAAUCAGGACACUCCAGGAUAAUAGAAUAGCUAUUCUGGCUUCACAGGAGAUAUGGGCUCAUAUUCUCUGUGAAGAUCCCAAAUAACAUAUACUUUUAAAUUAAGUUUAAUGUAUAUUUUAUUUUUGUAUGUAUUAAUAUAUCAUUUAUUAACAAUUCUUGUAUACAUAAAGUUAUAUUUUGUAUUAACCAUGUAACUUAUUGAUCUGUAAUUUUGAUCUGUGAUCUCUAUGAAAAUCCAAUUUAUUUUAUCUUGGUCAGCACUGCAGACUUUACUUCCCUUAGGACAAUCCUAAAUUUAAUGUAUUGGAGAGUUGGACAUCACAUCAUACUUUAUUCUGUGGGUAAUAAGCCUGGAAGCAAGUAUAGUUCUGCAACAAAUGAAAAUAGAAAAAUUUGGGUGGUGGGUUAUAAAUAAAAGUGUUGUCCAACACCCUACAUUUCUUCCCGGAAUAAUCCUUAGUAGCAAGAAGGUAAAGCAGUUUUGCUGUACAAACUGUUGAAAGGAUGGUAGAGGUUCUAAUAUAUAUGUGUGAAAAGGAAAUAUUCUCCCGUUUGAGUAAAGAUGUGUGAUUCUGGUCAUAAAAAAAUAUUUUUUACGGUCCUACGAUAUUUUUUUCAAAGUUUAAUACACUGAAUGUUAAAUUCACCCAAAUGAGAACCAAUUUGGCCCAGUCUGCAUCAUUAGCCACUAGUCUGAUGCCCCAGACUAGUAAAACUUUUUUGGUACAAGUUAGUAUUUGCAAAACUUUGCUUAGACACAUAAGAAAAAUGUCUGAAUAUUGGUCCUCGGGUCCUCGGACUAGUAGUUGGAAAAGAUUUUGGUGUAACUCAUUUGCAACAGUUUUAGUACUAGUGUGAUAGUAGUGUUAAUUUAUAAUAUGUCAAGGAAUGAGUGCUUGUUCUUAAUUUAAUAAAAAUAUUUUUGUAUUUAAAGCUUUGUUUUUCGGGUAGUUGUUUUUAAAAUGCUCUUUUACAGCAUUUUAUUUGUUGACGGUAUCUGUUGUUCAUUAUUUAGACUGUUAUUUUGAUAAGUAACCAAUAUAAUCCUAUAGACAGGAUAGAUGCAAAUUGAGUGUUGAGCUAGUUUUAUAUUAUAUUGCAUCACAUUAUUUUAAAAUUUUCAGAUUUAUUAAUAAAUCACUGAAUUCAUUUUUCAUUUUCACAAUUACAAUUUCAACUAAUAUUUCAUAAAACGUUAACUUUUAAGCUUUCAUUACAGAGGAAAUUUAUUUUUAUAAUUGCUUUAGAAGGCAAUCACAGACAAAAAAUAUGAAAAAAAUAUUUUUCAUUUAAAGAAAAAAAGUGAAAUAAGAAAAAAACAUAAAAAUAAAAGAAAAAGGUAAAAAAAAAAAAAAAAAAAAAAAAAACUUAAAACCCUAUUUAAAAAAGAAAAAAACAAAACAAAACAAAAUAUAAAAUGAAAUGGAUAAAUAUUCUUUUCCAGAUUAAUUUCAUGUUAUAUUUCUACACUGAAAAUCACUGUAGAGUCUAAAAAAAAUAUCAUUAGAAUAGAAAAAAAAUGCAAAAAAAUAGUAGAUAUAUCUUACUAACAUUUAUUAUUGAUCAAUAAAAUAUAAUUUGUUAGUAAUCAUGAUUACUUAAUCAGUACAGAAGUCAACCUUAUUUAUUUUUCAUAAGGGACCCCCAAAACUAUAUGUGUUGAGGGUUUGUAGGUUUGAAUUGUUUUUUCAUAGUUUAGUUUUUAUGAAAUAAAUUAAUAAGCCAGUUAAUUGGCUGCAAUUGUAACUUAAAAUGCAAUAAUUCAAGUGUAAAUAUUAAAACUGCUUUGAUUUGAAUUUAGCAUAAUAUUCAGUAUAUCAUACUUGGAAACUAUCAUAACAGGUUUCAUAUGCAAAAAUAUGAAAUUCAUAAACUGUAUAUAAUACUAAAUCCUUUGUUAGAAUCAUUUUUUAAAAGAACAUCACUUCUAAUACUAUAUACAGAGAAAACUGCUUUAAAUAUAUAUCAAAUUCAUAUAUAUCAAAUCAUUUUGAUUUGUUUUAUUAACCAGUAGUUGUAGUUUUCUUUUGAGAAUGUGUUGACCACCUUUUAUACGAAAAGCAGUCUGCAAAUUUCACCCCCAGUCGUAAAGUACUAAUUCUUGAUAGUGGAAAUUUUACUUAAAAUUAGUUUUCACAAGUUAAAAAAAUGAUCUGGUUUUCAGUCCAGGUUUGCAGAGUUUUUAAAUUUUGUCUUAUCAUAAUAAAUUCGUCUAUUGUUAUUUGCUUUAAGUCUUAAAAUUUUUUGCAUCAGAAACAGUCUAAUUUUUUUAUCAUGUCAUCUAUAUUAUAUAUGUAGGACACCAAAGUGCGAUGGUACUUUAAAGUGCGAUGGUCACGCUAAAGUGCAAUGGUCUACGCUAAAGUACGAUGGUGUCUCAAGCUAAAGUGUGAUUGUUGUUUGUUUGCUAAAGUACCAUGGUAUAUCACGCUAAAGUGCGAUGGACCAAAAGGGUAAGGUUAGAGGACUUAAAACAUUAAAGUACAUGGAUGUUAAGAAAUAGUCUUCCUACAAAGUACAAACUAAUGUUUUAGCGGACAACUUAUAAUUUACGCAUGAAAACAUGUACCUUUAUUUUACCAACGUUACAUUUCAAUAAAAUCGAUAAUAUUUUAACGGGGACAACAAAAUAAACUGCAAGUUACAUGAACAAUGAUUUAAAUGUAUCCGUUCGCUUCCAAUAGAAGCAGGAUACAGGAUGCUUAUGCGUAUACUAUUUUGUUAUGCGUAUAUUAUUUUGUAUCUAUAUAGUAAAAUGGUCGACUGGAGGAUACAAGUCCUUCUUCCAGCACCCAAAAAAAAAACAACAUUUGCUUCAGCCGACAAAGCACAGUUACUUUUAAAUAAAUUAAGUCAUGGACAUUUGGUUUAAAAGUUGUUAAUCAAGUAUUCUUAAUUUAUCUUCUGGCAUGUUCAUUUUUGGUUUGUAUAAACGACUGUUAACGUCAUAAUCCAACUACGUUUCUUACGUCUGUACUUUCACCGACCAUCAGACUUUAGCAUAUGGAGGCAUCGCACUUGAACUCAGACAGUCGCACUUUAGCGUCACCAUCGUACUUUAGCGUCUCCAUCGCACUUUAGAGUCCUACAUAUAUAAUCAACUACCUUACCCUUAAACAAAUUUGCUACUAAAUGUCUUUUGUAUUAAAAGAUGUUGAUGUAAUUAAGAUAUUAUUUUGAUUAAGGUCUUUGUUCAUGUACAUUUCAACAAAGUCUGAUUUAUCCUUUUCAUUUAUAAUUAGAAUAACAAAACUUGGAAAUGAUUGAAGAUUUUUACUGCCUUUUGUAAUUUCUGGGUCCAAAUAAUGUCUCUUAUCAUACAUACUUCAUUUCUAAUGAAAAUGAUAAU